AUGGUGUACAUAAGCGAGGUUGACAUGUACAGCAGCUGCGCCCGCAACGAGGAACCCGACAAAGCCAGGGACGGCGGCGCCAUGCGACAUGAUGCUGCUGCAUCGCUGACAGAGAAGGGAGAGUACGAUACGGCUGUGGAUUCAUUGUACCCAAGGAGCAUCGGUGGUGGAACUUCUGGGAACGGCAGCAAACGCGGCAGCACGCAGCUAAUAGACCCGUCGCUGGUGGAAAAGGAAGGGUACGACACGACGACUGUGCGCCCAUUGUAUCUGAGAGGCGCUGGUGGUGGAGAGUCUCGGCGAAACAGCAAGCGCAGCAGUACGCACCACAUGGACUCGUCGUUAAGUAUUAUGGCGAGAGCAGCGCGGCAGACGGACGGCAGGCUAGAGGAGCCGCAGCAGCAAAACCUGGGCCUGGAUCUACAGCUGGAGCUGGAGGGAUUGGACGCAGCGCUACGGCGGCGAUCGACACGGAGAUCGCCUCGGCAGGAUGGACCGCAGGGGCUGGAGGGCCAGCACGAGGCGCUGGGCGAGCUGGCCACGUUUCUGAGGGACGUUACACCACCGCCAUCGAACUACAUGAGCCUCCCCGACCCGAGCACGUCGUCGUCGACGUCCUCAGCCUCCUCGCUUAGGCGGAGGAAUAGCAAAGGCAACAAUAACAAGACGAAGGAGAAGAGGAGAAGUAUGCUGAAGAUGGCGCUCGGUCUGUUGACGAGGAGGGGUUCCAGAAGAAAGGCAAUAAAGAAGCGAGGAGGGGCUGUCAGCCCUGAUCUGGCGCGGGCUCCUUCGACGAGAAGGAGACGUCCGCCACGGAUCAAGCUGCCCGAUACUGCUGUGGCGGGGACUACAGUGGACGGAUUCAGGCACAUUGCAAUAUCAAUACCCAUCGAGCACGCCCACCUCGGCCCAGAACCUCGACAUCGAUUCGGUUUUCCGAGGAGACGGUCUCGAUCGCUCUCCUCGCCAGAGCUAUCGCCUGAGAUCUAUGACGAUGUCACGCUCCGCCCCAGGACUGCUUUCGCGACAGAGUCACGCAGGGGCACCCAGCUCGGACCCCUCGCCGAGGAGCGCGAGUCACUCUCGUCUACCUCUUGGGGCAAGGAGAGCAGCUACCGCCAUGGACAAGCACGUGAGGAAGCUCUGGCCGCCCGCAGAAUCCGGCUCGCUUCGCGCAACACCUUUGGCACUGUGUACGAGAAGGUCCGCUCUGUCAACACGUCACCUGAUCUCGCACGCCCAGAUAUGCCGCUACGCAUGAGCAGCGAGUCGAGUCGGCACGGGACGCCGCGCACGAGUGAAGAACUGCGCUCUGCUGCACGCAGAGACACACUUGAGGCGCUGGUGAAAGGGGUCCGGGCAUCUUCGAACCUGCCGGCCUCCCGUGGCCCCAGGCCAACCUCUGCGUACAGUUUUCGCAGCUUCGCCUCGGCGCUGCCGCAGCAGCAGCGGGCGUACUACCACAAGCGUAACUCCAGCCUGCAGCCCUCGGAGCCGGGGCCCCAAAGUAGGCGCCCAUGGACGCUGAGUGAGUCCAUGCAGUACCACAGCUGGGACUCGUCCAGGGAUCACACAGUGCGCGAGAGCAUCUUCUCGGAGCAGUCGCAGCUGGAUAGCAUUGGUACCACGGAGAGCAGCGAGGUCCCCCCCUCUUCUGCAGGCGCGGCGCGGACUCCGCGGCGCCUCGUCGGGGUGGAUGUUGUCAAGGGUUUGAGCCCCGGGACGCGGAGAAGUUUGGAUCACAAGAGGGCCAGCGGGAGCGGGCGCGAGCUUGAAGCGGGCAGGGGGGAGAGGAGCAAUUGGAAUGUGACUGCCCGGACGAACGAGACGAACGAGACAGAGGAGGAUGAGCAGAAUCAUGCUCGCAUGGCGCAUCUGAACCCUGAGUCCGCUUCGGUGGCUGUGCAGGAGGAACGAGUACAAGAGGUUGACGCAGCGCAACAACCUGGAUCCACGACUGUGAUUGAUCCCGAGGUAUUGCCCCACCGACCUGUGAAGGUCACUGCAGAGGAUAUUUUGCCGUCUGUAACGGACAGGGAGGUUAACAGGCAGGAGGAUGUUCACUCAGCCUUCACACGCAGCUCGGAAACGAACACCGACCCGAAAGGCAAAGGCAAGGCGACGAUACAGGCAGAUGACAACCAAAACGAGCCAGGUACAGUGGCCGCGACUGAGCAUGUAGAGAGCAGAGGGGAAGAGCAGGGCCUUGGUUUCACACAGCAAGAAACGCAGCCAGCCCAGCAGCACGAAGAAAGCCUCCCGAGCCCAGUACUCAACACACAAGAGCGGCAGACGGAACGGAAGUCAACCCUGCUGUCGCGGAUGCAACGAGUUGCCGAGCUGAGGAUGGUGCUCGAGAAGCCUGGUGCACAGCCAUCCGACCUGCUCUGGAAGCGCAGGCUCAGCAGUUCAUCGGAUGGGAGUCAAGAUUCGGUGACACCCAAGGCAAGCAAGGCGGAUCUCGAACCAGCUGCUGUUUCUGCGCCUGUCAGGCCAAAGACUGCAUCUCAAGCUCUCAGCCUGACCCAGGUCGUGACUGUUGCAGACGUCGCACCAUCAAACCAGGAGCUCCUAGGCCGCACGAGCAAAGAGUCGAUCGUCUCCUCCGCCCCCUCACUCGCUACCCUCGCCACCGUGAUCAGGCCAUCGCCGGCUCUUCCGUACGGCAGCGUCACACCUCCAGACUCCCCGCCGCCAUCAUCGCCCACGUCUCAGCUCUCAUUUGCCGACGCCGACAAUGCUUCUGUCCUCCGCAGACCCAUAGCCCCGUUGAAGCGCAUCAACUCGUACCACUUCAGAAGAACGGCCUCCCAUGCGUCGGGCGGUGGUCGCCAUUCACCUGUCGCCAGACGGGAUGCCAGCCCGCCGCGGCCCAAGACAGCAGGCAAAGGCAUGCUUGCCUCCAAGAAGAGCUUCUUUGGGCGGACUGCGAAGACGAAGCUCGGCCAAGGCAGCAAUGGCGGUGCUGUUGCCUCUGUGUCAGAAGAGCCGUCAAUUCUCAAGAUGACCCGUAGUCAGAUGUUUCAGAAGUACGAGGCGCUGCGUGAGAAGCAGAUCCGAGAUAUGGAGAGGCGGGUCGAGAGGCUUGAGCGCAACGAAGACCGCCUACUCUCAUCUUUGUUGCCACUGUUGGGUGACCUGCAGCGGACGCUGGGCAAGAUGAACAUUAGGAAGGCCGGGCGAAAGGGCGAGAGAAAGGAGGUCGAUAUUGGUGAUAGGCAGUCGCCGUCGUCGAGGUAUCAUCGCAAUGGGAUACAGAGCCGGUUCGCGAGGAGGGACACUGAGGAGGACCUGCACAGAGAUGCCAUCUAUAGCCAUGGCGAUGCCGGUCUCGACGAGGACGAGAUCGUCGUGUUGCACCGGCAAUCUCUCGAACAGGACAGAGGCACACCUGAGCGUCCAAGGCGACUCUACCUAGAAGACAGCGACGACAACCCCAGCUUCACCAGCGAUGACCAUCCUUCGCUCCCACUCCAAGGCCUGGAGGACCUCGACCCGCGCCACCGACGCUGGUCCCGAAGGGCAACCCUAUUGGAUCCGAUUGUACACAGCAGGCAGCAGGAUUCCUCCGUCUCUGCACCAAUGCUGGGCAAAGUCCGACCCAACUCGAUGGCGGUCACAUCGGAUUUCAGCCUCACGAGGAUGCCGCCGAUUUGCACCGACGAUAUCGAGCUGGACGACAGAGCUGCCGUGCGGGCCAGAAACCUGGCAUUUGAACCUUCGCCAUCGCCAGAUGUCCGCAGGAACCCACCAACCGUGCGCGAUGAGCAGGAGGCGGAUGGUGCCAGGAGACUAUCCACACAGAGCAUAAGCAGCCUGGAGACGUACGACGAUACCGAUGCUAGCGUUGGUGGGCCCGAAGAGGUGGUCAGGCGGUCACCCGCCCGUGAAGACGAUGCCCGUCCCUAUCGGCCCGGCGGGAGCGGCAUGGAGAUGAUCGAGCCGCUCAUGAGGGAGCUGCAGGCCAGCGGGAGCCCGCCGAGUAUGGAGAGCCUCGGAUCUGGGGACAUUGGGGACGAUGAGGUGCGGAAGUUGAGGGAACGGCCUGGUCCUAGGUCUGUGGUCGGAUUCGGCGCCUUUGGCGAGAUCAUAGUCGCAAUGACGCUUCGAUGA